ACUAAAUACCGUCAAAAUGAUAGAAUUUGACAAUAUACUUAAUGAAUUGAAUAAGAUGACGCGGCCACAGUGGGUGCAACUGGCACUUUUGAUACUGCCAUGUGUGUUUGUGGCCACUCACAUGGGUGCCAUGGUCUACCUCGGAGCCGAACAGUCUCACAUGUGCACUAUGCCACUCAAGGAGAGGAUUAUAGAGAGAUGCGGAGGGAAUUGGACAGAAGAACAAACCAGCAGGUACAUUCCCUGGGAUGAAGAGAAUAACGCUUUGGAUAGCUGCGAAAGGUACACAUUCAAUGAAAUCGACUGCAGUUACUGGUGGCCGAAUAUGACCUUUGACACUUUCAACAUGACCUCCGACGUCAACUCCACCUCACAACCCCCCACAACAAGCUCCAUAGCGCACUCUGGCGUCGAAAAAUGCUCCUCGUGGAAUUACGACACUUCAAUGUUUGCUUCGACCACUGUCAGCGAUUUUGAUUUAGUAUGUGAAGACAGUUAUCAGCGAAGGUUUGCCCAAGCUAUAUUUAUGCUGGGGGUAACAAUUGGAUGCACGUUUUGGGGUCAGGUCUCUGAUAGAUUUGGACGGAAACUGGGUAUCGUUGCACCUCUCGUAACAGGAUGUGCGUUUGCAAUCGGCGUUGCUUUUGCUCAAUCGUCUAUUCUGUUCGUUGGUUUGAGGUUUUUCGUUGGUUUCAACUUGUUCCCUGCUUUCUCAUGUUCAUUUGUUCUGGGAACAGAAUCCGUGAAGCCGAAAUAUCGAGUCGCGGUCGGACAAACCUCCCAAGCCUUCUUUGCGCUGGGAUUCUGCCUGCUUGCAUUACUGGGAUACUACAUAAGAGAUUGGAGAACUUUGCAACUCGCUAUAUCAGUUCCUCUGGCCGGAAUUGUCGUGAUUUUAUGGUUUUUAUUUGAGUCUCCUCGUUGGCUGAUUUCUUCCAAGAAGUACAUUGUUGCCGAGAGGAUUGUAAGAAAGAUCAUGGACAGUGGGAAAAACUUGCACAGUGAUGAAGCAAAGAAAUUAGAAAGCAUCGCCCACCAACAAAGAAUUUACCGCGGAAUUGACGACGGUCAAGAAGCAGAGAGCCUGCACACCGAGAAGACAGAUGAGAAAGAAUUGAAGUCUUCAAAGAAAAUGUAUUCUGUUAUCGAUCUUCUGAGGUCUCCGAAUAUGAGAAAAAAGUCUUUCAUCCUGUUUUAUGAAUGGAUGGUGACUUCAAGUGUGUACUACGGUUUAACACUAAAUGCCGCCGAUCUUGGAGGAGAUCCGUUUAUUAAUUUAUUCAUAUCAGGAAUUGUGGAAGUACCUGCAUCCUACAUAGGCGUUGCCUUGCUAGAGAAAUGGGGACGAAGACCUACACUAGUGUUCUCACUAACAUCUGGAGGAAUCGCCUGCAUCUGUAUGAUGUUCGUACCGAAAGAUCUCCUCUGGUUGAACAUCUGUCUCUCCAUGUUCGGGAAAUUUAGCAUCGCAGCGGCUUUUGGGACUGUUUAUAUCUACGCAGCAGAGAUAUACCCAACGCCAAUAAGAAAUCUUGGAUUAGGUGUCUGCAGUAGCUGGGCUCGUAUAGGAGGAAUCCUUUCCCCAUUCAUUGCAAUGUUAGAUGAAUAUGCCAAGCCACUACCUUAUGUCGUAUUCGGACUAAUGUCCAUAUUUGGAGGCUUUCUCGCUUUGCUAUUACCGGAAGUUAUUGGAAUCAAGCUACCUGAGACGCUGGAGGAAGGCGAGGCAUUUGGAAAAGAUCAAGUGUCACCACUGGCACGACUAUGCUUCCGCAAACGCGUGUUACGUCACGAUGAAAAUGGUAUCGAGAAAUUGGACUACGCAAAAAUUGCCUACAGCAGCACCACUGACCCAUCAACAACAGAACUGAAGUUGAAGGAUGAUGACGUAAUGGAAAUUUGAACUUUGAGGUCAUGGGUUAUAGGUUAUUCAAUUCACAGAAUCUGAAUUUUUAAUGAUCGCUAAGUACCGGCGUCCGUGUACAGUGAACAAACUUAAAAAAAUAUUCAAGUACAUGCUUCAGAUUAUUUUAGUAGAAGCUGAACAAGACAAAACUGUACAGCCAGGCCAGUGGCCUUUAAUAAAUGGCGAUUCAAUGAAGGUUUCCCCAACCAUUGAGUCCGAAAAAAAUAUUUCUAUACUUUACAAUUACAAAAUUUCCGAUGCUUAAUUUGAGACUGUUUUUGCGAGUAGACGCUCUCAACCUGGUUUGCAUUUUUCAAACCAUUAUUACAAUUCAAAAUAUUCAAUCAAUUCUCAUAAGAACGUACCGGUUGAUAAUUUUAGCCUAGUCUAUCGUAGAUUCAUGACUAUUAUUCGAUUACUGAACUAAAGUAUUCAGAAAACUAAAUGAUCAUUGAGUUAUUUGAUUUAUACCCAAAUUUUACAAAUACAACCAAAAACUGACAAUGGCUUGCAAAACCGCAAAAACGAGCUAAUGCUCAUCACCGUACCUGCUAAUCUAUCCGAGUGGCCGACAAAAUUUCAAAUGUUACGUCACGAUCUUGUUGACUGGCCAAUGUUACGUCACGAUCUUGUUGACUGACCAAUGUUACGUAACCAAACAAAGGAAUCGAUGCUCUGGGAAACAUCCAUUUAUCUGAACUUUUCGCUGCCAUACCCAUCAAUAUACUUCUUUAUCGAUAUACUAUAUUCACUGUGGUGCUCCCCAUUCGCCAACAAAAUGUUUAUUAGUUUAUUCUAAGACCUUCUGCCCAUUUGUACUGUGCUAUUCAUUGCUAUAAAUCUCAGUAGGCCUACCUCAGGAGACUUUAGUACUCGUGACUUAUCUAAGAGAACAAUUUUCUUUACCUCUGAGUCAGCGCGUACAACUUUGCUUUACGAAUUUUUUUUUUUAUACAUAUAUAUGUAACAUCAAGUCGCUCUCGCAUUAUAUGCAGUGGUGGGAAUCAAAUUUUUUGUCAGCCGGUUCUAUCACAAAAGUCAUAUUUUUCAGCCGUUUCUGUUACAGAAAGUCAUUGACAGUAACCAGUAGUUCUAACAGGUUCGCUGAUCUCAUAAAAUUCCGUGAGACGAUUCUAUAGAACCGGUGAGAACCGACUGAAUCUCACUACUGAUUAAAUGCAAGAAACUCAUUUGCUCAGAUACUCACUGUGAUAGUACAGCACAUGUAUAUUAGAGUCUAGUAUACAUGUGCUGUUCUGUCGUAGUGCUGGGUAAUUCUGCACUAUAAAUAUUCAAUCUUAGUACAUCUUUUCACUUCGCCCCGAGGGAGCUUCUAAGUGAGCGCGCCUGACUUUGAUCGGAGCAAAUUUUUUAUGUAAAUAUCAGUACAAAGUACUAUAUAUAUUAGCAUUGCAUGCUCAAAACAUUC